CCUCACCUCAUCCCGCACGCUUCGACACACCAUUGUCUCUCUAAUUCGGCGCCACCUCCGCCGUCUUCGUCUAACAAGCAUAUAUUGCCCAUCUCGGCGCUUCAUUUGAGAAUUUUACCUGCGUCGGGGUCUCUGCGCCCGCGUGCGUUAGCCCGGCCCCCCGCCGCGCCCCGCUUCUCGCGCCUCACACAACCUGGGAAGCUUGCGAUUAACCGGCAUUUCGUCUUGCAUAUAACAACGAGCGCGCCGCUCCACACAGACGUAUGCUAACUCUGGGCCCUGGGAAAUCUUCCGCGUACCAAGAGCGACCGGCGUACCCAGCCUUGAAGUCGGAGCGCCUCGGAGCCCAACGAAGCCCGUCGCGAAAAGCGCCACCUCGCCUUCCAGCCAUCUCGCGUGUUCCUGAUCAGCUCUAGAGGAUCGCCUGUUUCCUGGCCUAGUACCUGGGAUCGUCAGUGCUCGUGAAAAUAGAGGGUACGCCAUGAGCGAAACUACGAUGAAAUGGUAUCAAUUUCUACUGAAAGAGACGGAGACGGACCUCUUUCACACGCUGAGAAGCAUCGAACAGGACGGGGUCCCUCCCACAAGGAAUGAAGUCAACAAGCUGAGACAAACGCUAGACCUCCUAGGCUAUGCUGGGGACCAAUGCCUCGGGCGAUAUCAUGUUGAUGGCAGUAACCUGAUUUUGGAAUGUGCGAAGAUAGGCGCUGUAAUUCGGCACAAAAUCCUCGGCGGCGAUUGGGACAAGCGAGCAACCCACGACGCGGACGAGGAUCCCGCAGACGAGCCCGACGCCGUCCUCGAUACGCAGCCUGCCGACACCGUUGGCAAAGCCUUCUCCGACGAUGAACCUAUCUCGUGGGACGAUGUGAAGGAAGAAGUGAUCCCUUCCUACGUGAAAACCGUCACCUUCACUAUUGCAGAAGCAGAGAUAACGCCAAGUCGACGGAAAGAGUUGGAAGAGCGCUUCCCCGGCGUUGCAAUCCAAGUGGUCUCGCCGGCGCUAGUGUCUGCCAAAGUUGGAAAGCCGAAGGGUAUCAAGAGCGCAACGUUCGAGCUUGACCGUCUCGAACUAGACAACGAUCCGGCGCUACAGACGAGCAUUGGCAAUCAAUUCCCAUGGGCCACCAUCCGGCCUGAGCCGGUCGCUAGCAUUUCUUCAUCCGAAGCGCCUGUCAGUGCAACAACAACAGAGCCCCAUAUUUCUCUUCACCUUGCCCACGACCUCCCGGGCCACACCAAGAAAGGCCCCGUAGUAAGGAGAGAGUCGGUCGAUGCGUCCAGCGAGGCCACUGACACAUCGCCACGGCCUAGCCCAAGAAACCGUAGUGCCAUUCAACGUGAGACUCCCGGUAGAGCUCGACCGGCUACUGGUAUUGUUCAAGCUGCAGCGGACGAGGACGAGCAGGAAGACAACCGACAAUCCAAGCUCGAUGAGUCAAUACAGUCUGUUCCUAAGGGCCCCAAAGGGCAUGAAUCAGCGGAUGAGACAAUUAAAGCUGUCGCGAGACAGAUCGGCCUAGAGAUGGCCCAUCCUGAUGUCAUCUGCGGAAUGUACUCCCAAUAUUCGAGAACAAAACAGAUCCGGCCCUUCGUACCGAAACUAUACAAAUUGGACCACUACUACAGCAACCUCGUCGACCUCUCUAUCAUCGCCAAUAAGAAGCGGAUGGCGCCCCUGGAGUAUGCGCUACUGCUUAAAUUCCAAUGCACCAACUACCAAUACCAACGCCAAAUCCCCGAGAUCCCGAUUGCCAUCAAAGCAUUUCAGUACUUGCCUAUUCGAUCUCCUCUCUGUCGGUGGAUGACGAUCCUCUACUCUUUCCUAUGGGGGACAGAGGAUGAAGGGGAUUACGACGCCUUUUGUGCGUCGUACGAGGGGUUGGACCAGGCAGCGCUUGCAAGAUUCCUUUUCGGGGUUGCGAGAGUACGGUGUCCGUUUACCACUGGACUCGACGCAGCCGUACUCAAGCGAUGGUGUGAUGUGCAUUCACAUGCCCCUGGGUCGGAAGAAGAAAGGCUCUGUAAAGAGACAAUAUCAAAGAGCAAGGUGUCCAUCGAUGAUGCGACGAGGGACGAAGAACGUCUUCGCCUAAAGGAAGCAGAAGCCACUAUCAACGAACUUGGCGGCACUGUUAUAAUGCCCCCGCAAGGCGCUUCAACCUCCGGGCCCGGAAAGCGAAAAUAUGAGGGUGCAGCAAACAGCCGCUUUAGCAAGAAGAACAAGAGGGGCGGUGGCCUUGGUCUUGGUAGGUGAUGCAUUUGUGCUUCGGCGGACGUCUGCUAUUUACCAAUUUGCUACCACUGUCGCGCGCUGUCUGGUUUUCUGUCCUGGAUCAGCGGCGAGGUUCAUGUAUUGCGACAUUGAUAUCAUCCGGAAAUCGCCUUGCGGCAUUUCUCUACAAUGUUGGCUCGCUUCCUGUCCUCGCCUCCGUUUCUUAGGGGCAAUUAUGCUCAGAAUAUGCUGACCUCUUAGGUACCCUUACCAGUUCUAUACCUGCUGAUGCGGCUGCGAACCUCCAUCCAACUCCCAGUCCCAUCUCUAGGCGCAGCGGUGGAGCGUCACCAGACCCGUCCAUACUCCAUUUGAG